AUGGCAAAAACCAUUGCUUCAAUUGUUUUAGUUCUCCUUGUUGUUGCAAUUUUGAAUGGCUAUAGUGCUGAGGGUACUGGAAGAGGUAAUGAACCUAAAGAUGAUCGUAUUUACAAAUCUCAAAAGUUUUUUGGUUGUUCCUUUUGGGGUCAGAUGUGUUACUUCUUUCAUCUCUAUUGUGAUGAAUACAAUAAGUAUUGUGCUACUUCUCAGCCUCCUUCUUCUCCUGGUAGUAGUGGUGGUUCUCCUAAUAUUCCCAACCCUCCUCCUAUUCCCACCCCCCCUUCUAUUCCCAACCCCCCUUCUUCUCCUAAUAUUCCAAAUCCUCCUUCUCCUCCCAAUAAUAUUGAUCUCCAAUAUACCCCAGCUGAAAGUGGUAAACCCUAA